CGUGUAGUCAAGACGCUACUCCUGGUGCGAGCACUCCUAGCUGUGAUUUCCAUUUUACCGUCGAAGAUAUCGAAAGCGGAGACGAAAUGUCGGACGCUGACGAAGAUCCUGAAGAUAAACGUCUGGACACUGAGACUCAAUCCUCGAACAACGUGCAGAUCAAACCCUCCGAUUCCAUGAAAUCCGCUACAAGCUCGCGGUCCUCUACAGCCGAGCUUUUUGGAGGUGACGAUACUGACUUCCUGGACGAUUUCUUUACGGAGGAUUCUGUUCCAUUGAAGUUCCAGCGGCCCACCCAGGCUCUACCAGAAAACAACAAGGAUAAUGCAAGCCCAGAAAGCACGGAGACAGGCACCGACGAUGACGUGGGCGAAGAAGACGAGGAUUCUGACGGCUACAUAGCAUUGCCACCUACCUCUGGCCCCGAAGACGCCCCCGAACAGUCCACCUUGCCAGAAUCUAGAGAUCCUGGAGAAGAUGACCAUAUCGACUCCCCGACCGAUGAAGACCAGAACGAUGCGGACAAGGACGAGAAAGAAGAGUACACGCAAAGAGGUGCCGCGUCAGAGCAAAAAGCUUUCACGGAAGAACAGGUUGCUAUCGUCGAGGCAUCCAGCGCCAAUGCUGAGCCUGAGCCUUCGCGCCAGCAUGUUUUCCGCUUGAACUCUGUCGAUUCACAUGAGGAUGAGGGUGAAUCCACAGUGCUGCUACCUAUCGAACAAAAGAUGUGCAAGAUCUUCAGGAACGUCUAUCCCGCUCUCCCAAGCCACGAAAUUCCUGGCAACAUGCACAUCAUUGACUGGAAGACACUUAUGGGACCGGAUCACACGGGACCAGACCCCGACGAUGAGGAGGAAUUUCUCUUGCACUUCGUCAAGCCGCGCUUAUGCGAUGCGGUGGCGACAAUCCUGUUCGAAUCAGUCCCCUCCGCACUCGACGCUUGGCUCGACCGGUCCAAGAAGGUCGUGGAGUGGUGGCACAGCCCGCACUAUCUUCUUCGUGGGGCAUGAGGACUGUUUUCCGGCGCGACGGAAACAAUGUCAUCGUAGGAACCUUCACUGACCUUGGCUUCUCAGUCUGCUGGUCGCACUAUAUCCAGGUUGAAAUCAAUGAUGACGGACAGGGGACCGAGAGAUAUGCUUUCCAGGGUGGACAAUUCCAGAAGAAGCCCGGAGAGAAC